AUGGCUCUCGUGUUCCGACUGCACGACAAAGCUCCGGAGCUGCUGAGAGACGUUCUCCUCGAGCGAGGGUGGGAAGAAUAUGAUGGAGGCGAGCGGGAGGAGGAAGACUGGAACCUCUACUGGAGGGGCUCGGCCUUCCACAGCUCCCAGUACCACAACCUGCUGCCGUGGCAGCGCCUCAACCACCAUCCCAAAACUGUUGGCAUCACACGCAAAGACUGCUUGGCACGGAACCUGAGGAGAAUGAGAGCCUCGUGUGGUUCGUCGCUCUACGACUUCAGUCCCUCCAGCUUCAUCCUCCCCAGCGACUACGACCGCUUCCUGGCUGAAUACGACAAACUGCACCUGACCGGAGGACCGUCGCUCUACUGGAUCUGUAAACCCGUGGAUCUCUCCAGAGGCCGAGGCAUCUUCAUCUUCCAGGAUAUCAAAGACCUGGUGUACGACUGCUCCGUCAUCGUGCAGCGCUACGUCAGCGACCCCCUGCUGAUCUCCGGCUACAAGUUCGACUUGAGGAUCUACGUGUGCGUGAAGAGCUUCCAUCCACUGACUGUCUACAUCCACCAGGAGGGGCUGGUUCGCUUCGCCACGGAGAAGUUCAGCCUGGCGUCGCUGGGGAACCUGUUCGCUCACCUCACCAACUCCAGCAUCAACAAGCUCGGCCCUUUCUACAGAGCCGAGAAGGAGAGCGUGGGCCGGGGGUGCAAGUGGACCAUGAGCAAGUUCAGGCACUUCCUCCGCAGCCAGGACGUGGACGAGCUUCCUCUGUGGCAGAGGAUCAGCAACAUCGUGACGCUGACCCUCCUCAGCAUCGCUCCCUCCGUCCCCUCCUGUCCCAACUGCCUGGAGCUCUUCGGCUUCGACAUCUUGGUGGACGUCGGGUUGAAGCCCUGGCUGCUGGAGGUCAACUGCAGCCCGGCGCUGACCCUGGACUGCCCCGCGGAUGUCUCAGUGAAGACAGGACUGAUUAGUGAUCUGAUUGACCUGAUGAACUACACGUCCACCGACGGCCUAAGAGACGGAGCGUUUCAGAAACGGAAGCACAAGCGGCCAUGUUUCCACCGGCCCUCGUAUGAUCCCAGGUCCUCUCAACCUCAGACACUCCCUCUGCUAAAACCUGUCCCACAGUCUAAAGGGACGAACCCAGGACGACGGGCUCUUGUGGCGGACCAGUCGAGACGCCUGCCCCCAGUUAACCACAACAAAGCGUGUGCAGCCGGGAUCGGAAUAAUCCACUCCACAGCCAGAAAAACCCACAGCGACAAGACGCUGCACCUGAUCCUGGGCUCACGUUCAAGGACAAACAGACACACGCGUCCAGGAGAGAUGGACGUUUCCCAGAAGACGCCCGAGGUCCGACAGAGGGGGCCGGGAUUCAAACCAUCUGCCGUGGCCUGGAAGCUCCCCAACAUUUACAGUGGGAGUCGCGUCCCAGUAACGGCUCCUCUGGAGGAAACCACUGCCUCGACUGGACGAGAUGUUCCUCCAGUCAGAGUCGGAGACUUCAUCCGGACGUUCCCCUUUAACGCCGCCACUCUGAAAGCCUCCCGACACAAACUGAACGUGAAGGUUGUCGUACAGGAGCUUCACAAGCUGACGGGUCGGCUGACUUCAGGUCAGUCUGACGAGGCAGAGGGGACGAAGGCGGGUGAGGAAGACUUUGAUUCUCUGCUCUGGGGCCCGAAGGAUCCUCCGUCUCUCAGACGAUGUUCCAAACCAACUUAAAGAGGCCGGAGCUAAAAGGU